AUGGCUGAAAAAAUCCGGUACUAUCUCGAGCAGAGUGUUCCCGAGCUCGAGGACUUGCAAAGAAAGAAACUCUUUGCCAAGAAUGAGAUCACCAUGAUCAUGAGACGCAGAACUGACUUCGAACACCGAAUUCAGGGCCGAGGCACCAAGCCCAGAGACUUCUUAAAGUACGCUGAAUUCGAAACCAACUUGGAAAAGUUGCGGAAAAAGAGAUUUUCUCGACUCAGCAAGUCAGGAUCUAUAGACACAAAGCCCAGUAUUUCGGACUGGGCCGGAAUUCGUAGGGUUCUUUUCAUCUAUGAACGAGCUACUAGAAAGUUUCCUAGAGACAUGGACGUUUGGAGUCGCUAUCUAAAAAGCGCCAAGCUGAACGGAGCAAUCAAGGUGGUUUACAAGGUGUAUUCUCGUCUUCUACAAUUGCAGCCUCGUAAUGUUGAUGCGUGGUUGUCUGCUGCCAAAUACGAAUUCGAAACCAAUGCCAAUGCUAAAGGUGCCCGGAGUUUAUUUCAAAGAGGUCUUCGUUUGAACCCAGAUGCAUUCGAGUUGUGGUACCUGUACACCCAGUUUGAGCUCACAUAUAUAUCACGGUUGUUGGCAAGACGGAAGGUGUUGGGGUUGAUCACCGAGAAGCUGCAAAAGGAAGAAAUGGACAAGGAAGAAACUAAGUUAAAGCAAGCUUUGAACGCUGACGAGGACGGAGACGAUGUUAUCCAGCUCCCAGAAGCAGAUAUGAAGGAGCUGCUCAACCUGCUUCCGGAAGCAGAUAUCAAUAUGUUGGGAAACCCAGAAACCAACCCAGCACUCAGAGGAGAUGUAGCAUUGACGGUGUUUGAUUUGGCCGUUGAAUCCCAACGUGGAGAACACUUGAGUGAGGACAAGAGAAGAGAAAAGACCAUGUUUGCAGUUGAGAAAAUAUUUGCAACUUUUCGACCAAUUCUCCGACCUCAAUCGUGA